CUGCUAUAUUCAUUCGAAAAUGGCUUCGUCCUUCUGGAAAGGUGUCGUUGGUAUAGGCCUUCUUGCCUUGGCCCAUGCAGCCUUCUCAGCGGCACAGCACCGUUCAUACAUGCGACUCACAGAAAAAGAGAAUGAGACUCUUCCAAUAGAUAUAGUCCUACAGACAUUGUUAGCGUUUGUGGUGACAUGUUAUGGCAUAGUCCACAUUGCAGGCGAAUUCAAAGACAUGGAUGCCUCUUCAGAACUCAAAAACAAGACUUUAGACACACUGAGGAACCAUCCCUCUUUUUACCUGUUCAAUCAUCGAGGCAGAGUACUCUUCCGCUCCACCGAACCCGAGCCCUCCACCGUCCCCAGCGCUCAAGCCCUGCCCUCCAACCCACUACGGUUACGCAAGUUGGAGAACUUUCACUGAGACUGGCCUUUUCCUGGGCAUCCGUGCCCUACGUGUUUUUUUUGUUUGUUUGUUUUUUUCUCCCCUCUCUCCGUUAUUAUUAUUUUUUCUUUCACUGUAUCUUUAAGCUCAUUGGUUGGGCAAAGUGGAAAAAAAAGCCAGUUUUCCCUUUGUGCAUAUGUUAAUAUGCUGUACAAAUUUACAUUUCUUCAUUGAGUUGUUACGACAUUUGAAGUCUUUGGACUGUGCCAACUCCGUAUUUUAUUAUGAUUUUUUUUUUCCAGCUGAUAUGUUUGUAAAUACUUGUUUAUGCUUGGGAAGUCUUAAGAGUUUGAAAGAUCCACUUCUAGCCCUCAGAGAAUGACAUUCUGAGAGAGGGAGAUGUCAUCCUUUUGUCUAACGAAGGGACAGGAAAACUCAUGUUAACAGUUUGCCACCUUUUUGUUUGUUUUUUGUUUGUUUUUUUGGAUUGUACAGACAAUGUUCUGCUGUCUGAAAUAUGCUCUUCCCUGUACCCUGCUCAAAUGAGGUUUUAACCUAUGGACCAUGAGUUGUAUUUGUUUUCAGAGACUGGUGAUUAUGACUGCUGGACUUCAGAUGAGUUUGUUAUGCAAUAAACGUCUAUGGUUAUUAAAAUCACUAAAAAAAAAA